AUCGGCCGAAAACGGCCUUUGUGUUGUUUGAGGGCACGUGGCAGUGGGUUCGGUGUCCGAUGGGAAUUUGCAAUGCACCUGCCAUGUUUCAGCGAGCGAUGAACAUGACGUUCCAGAAUUUCGUCAACAAGACACAGCUGACACAAGGGAUGAUUAACUUCUUCGUAAUCGUGUACAUGGGCGAUAUCCUGGUCUAUUCGGAAACCUAUCACGGACACGCGCAACAUAUCGAAUGGACAUUGGGCGCGUUGAGAGACGCUGGGUUCAACAUUGCGCUCGAGAAAAGCGAAUUUUUCCUCCCGGAAAUUUCGUUCUUGGGCUACGUCGCGACACGUGGAGGAUUGCGGCCGGACUCAAGAAAAGUUGUGGCGGUGAAAGAAGCCCCGGUUCCCACAUCACUAACGCAGGUUCGAGCCUUCUUGGGGCUGGCGUCGUACUACCGGCGCUUCAUCAAGGUUCAUUCUCAUCACGGACUAGCAACCGGAAGCGAUUUCCGCUAUUCUAGAGCAGAAGAGGAGGCAGAAGAAGAAUCGGAAGGAGAAUUGAGGAGAGAAGUCGGGGAAGCAGCGGCCCGGUUGGCCGAGGACGAGGAAGAAGAACGCGAAGCAGCAGAAGAGUCGGCGGAAGCUGAAGAAGAAGAAGAGGAAGAAGCAGGGGAGGAGACUUCGGAAGAAGAGGAGGAAGCCUAUAGUGAGCACAACGAGGGCGAGCCAAGUGAAGAGGAGUACGAAGACGACGACGAAGAGGUGGAAAGCGGAGACGACCAGGAGCCAACGCGCGACGACGAGCUCGAGUGGGUGCCAGGACCGGAUCGACGAGAGGGGAGCCCUGAGGCUGCCGCACAGCGCAAGAAAGAGGUCGCGGAGGGAAAGAGGUCGGCGAUUGACCCCCCAUUGAACGAUUCUUCCAAGGAUCUCGAGCUGCCCAAGCCGGAACAUGGGAACCUUGCUGCCAUGACCUCGAACGUCGUGACGACAAGGCGCCGACCCCGAUCCUGAUCCCCGUCACCCUCCGCCUCCGCCCGUCCCCCAAUUCGUCAACGUGUCAAUGAGGAGCUUCGCCCUUCGUCCCCGAUCCAUAUACCACCGUC